AUGUCCGGUUAUCAUCCGAAAUUUUAUAACUGCAAAAACGAUAAACCAGAAGCCCAGCUUCGUAUUGCUGUGCAACGAAGAGAUUAUAAGUUGGCAAAAUCACUUUCGAACACUGGUGCUCAGAUAAAUUAUCCUCACGUAAGACCUUGUAACACGAUCCUUCAUUUAGCUACGAUGAAUCAUGAUGUAGAAAUGGUGCAAAUGUUGCUAGACAGAGGAGCUUAUGUUAACAUACCAAACAAACACGGUAAAACUCUACUUCAUUUAGCAGUUGAAUCCGAUUCUGAGCGAAUAGUUGAAUUACUUGUCAAAAAAGGAGCCAACGUAGACACCAUUGCUGAAGAUCAUUCAAGGCCAAUCGAAAAAGCUAUUUCGAAGAAAAAACAGCAAUAUUUCAUGCCAUAA